UGUAUUAGUAAUUGGACUAAUAGUUUGAGACUUUUUUGCUCUCUUUGUCGAAAUGAGUCAGAAGGCUCUACUUCUAUUUCUAUGGAUACAAUUCAAUCAAUAAAUAUACAAAAUUUUUUACCUUCUACACUAAUUAUAUCUAUCCCUAUGUUUAGUUCUAUGACACCUAAUAGAUCUACUACGGCACAACAUAAUAGAUCUACCACAACACCUGCUACCACAACACCUGUGAGAUCCACUACAACACCUGUGAAAUCUACUACAACACCUAUGAAAUCUACUACAACACCUGCGAGAUCUACUGCUAGAUUGACUAUUACACCUGGAUUAACUUUGGCUACAGCACCUAUCUCAUCAUUAUCAAUAGCAGCCACAUCACUAACUUUAUCUGCAUCACCAACUUUUUCUAUAGCAUUGGGCAUUAGAAAAAAAUUAAAAAUUUUUAAAGAACUUAUGAAUGAAUUAAUGACUCCUUGUGAAGAUGAUGAAAUAUGUUUAUCAGUUAGUAGUAGCAAUGAAGAAGAGGCAAGUACUUCAUGA